AUAAUAAAAGGAUGUUCUCGUUACUUUGAUUGUUUCCCCUGAGACCAGGUGUUGGUCCGAACACACCGGAAGUGCGCAGCCGCACCUGUUUCUUAUAGCGGUGAUUAAUUGCGGCGCUUCGCCUUGAAUCUGUAGAAACGUGCCGCGGAGCCGAGAGCGACGCGUUUCUAUUUCUGCUUGUAACAAAGUAUUUGAUGAAAUAAGUGUGUUUUAUUUCCGACGGCCUGAGAGGACGCUACAGAAAAUGGACGAUUCAGGCAAACCGCCACACUCGUUUGAGAACGGAGCGCAGAGGAGUCCCCACACCAGACCCUUCUUUUACGUCCAGCCUCCCUCCCAGCCCUACUACCUGUACCAGCACUGGCAGCUCAACAACCCCUACGGUCACUUCGGUCUGCCCGCAGGUUUUAACUUUGGCCGUCCCUGCAUGCAUCCAUACCCCUACGCACCGUAUCCUGGCUUUGUUUUACCAAAUGCUCCGUUGUACCCUAUGGGCUACCGGCGGAUGUUGGAGCCUCGUUUCCAAGCUUCUCCCUGGGGUGAUGUGCCUCAUCAGCACCAUCAUCAUCCUCCUCCUCCUCCUCCUCCACAGCCACACGGACGUAGGGAAACGACUUGUUCAGGGGCUCAAACUGACCCCAGUGAUGCCAUAACCAAGCUCAUCGAGUGCUUGGAUAAAAUCCGAGCUACGGAGCUGCAGAACGCCAACAGAGAGCUCGACUCUGGCAUUGCUUCACAGUCCUCGGGAGUGUUUUCUCCUGGGGAAGAGAAGAAAACGGAAGAGCAGAGCCACGCCGUUCCUUCAGCGCCUCUCGAUCGGGAGUCGUCGGCUGUGACCUCGAGUGAGUCCACGGUUUACAACAAGUCUAGAGAAAUGAUUUUAGACCCCCUGAACCCUCAGGGAUGGGCUGGAAGGCUGGAGGAGGAACUGCCUCUAGAUAGCUCAUCCAUCCAGGAAGAGUCUCCUGAGCCCUCAACAUCAAAUGUACAGUAUGUCUCGCUUGAGAAAGAAGAGGUCGUGGAUAUCCGAACAAGUAUCUCAAUGACCGACUCAAGUGUCCAUAGAUUUGAUGCCGAGGAGCACCGGAAGUCCUUUUCCUCUCCGUUGUUUGCCUCCAGUCAGCUGGCACAAAAUGAGUCUAAAAGCUGUGAGGAAGUCUCGAAGCUAGAAGAUCUGGUAGCAUGUUGUGGCGAACCCAAACCUGUGGAGUCCUACCAGAUUCUCAAACUGCCCUUUGAUGGUGUAUUAUCACCUGGAGCUCGACACCUCUCCUCUCCAGGACCGCCUUACCACUACAGCUACCUCCCCAUGCAGACCACGCAUGAACGCAUGAGCGUACUCAGCCCAUCCUUAGAUGAGCUGUCCUCCAGGGACGAGAUGUUCUCCACAGAUCUGGAUGAUGUGGAUCUCUUUCCCAGCCACGUGUACGCCAGCAGGAGGCUCACUGAAGUAGUCACCGGAUCCCCUCGAGCCACAAACGAGAACGAUGAGUGGUUCUCUGGUUCAAAGAGGUCCAGCUGUGCUUGUUGUGGGAGAAGUUUGACAAAAGGAACAAGCAGAAGCAAAGUCCACAGCUCCAAGAUGUACCAGGACGAGGGUGGAGACUCUGACGUGGAGGGCGGAUAUGGAAGAGGGUGUGAGCAGCCUGUCAGGGUGGUUGUGAGGAAGCAUUCUGCACCCAGGAAGUCUCAGUCCACCCCAAGACAUGCAGCCAAGCCUUGGUGCAAAAGAGACCAGUACAAGGAGCUCUCGGAGCUGGCGAAGCAGGAGGAAGAAGCUCGGAAGGUGGAGACCGCAGAAGCUGAAGCUGAGCUGAACAGCAGCGACCGCCAGUGUAGGACGUGUCAGGAUGGACUAUUCCGAGAAGACCUGACCCCAGAAGACCAGGGUGGAUGGAUGGAUGGAGACGUGAUUCCCAGGAGGAAGCAUGCAGCCCCUCUGCAGCGACAAGAAACAAGCACUCAGUGGAAGAUGAUGUACCACCGGCCCAGAGACGAGAAUCAUGACCAAACCCCACCGUUACACUGGGAACGAUGCUCACCAGUGAGAGACGAACCAAGAUGCUAAAGUUCCUCGACCGACUUUUGACCAACCGAUUGAACUGCCCCCCCUAAAGGUGUUCAUGUUGAGGGAUGAAGACAUUUAAUCACCAGGUGAAACGCACGGCACAAGAAGCAUAUUUUGUUGUAAAAAUAAACAAAAAAAUUGCAGUGAUGCUGCCUUACACUCCAAGAUGACUGGAUAUCACAAAGAGAAGGGCUGAUGGUUGUUGCAGAUGUGCCACUGUUGGGGGCAGUUUAAUAAAAUCCUGUCGUUUCA